AUGGAGGAGCUUAAGAAUGUUAUGGCAAAUGCGAAUUGGACGAGUGAUUAUUUUGCAGGAGUUAUUCGAAAAUAUGUACCGAGAGAUGUGAGUUUGUUGAAUUUUUAGGAAUUUUUAGGAGAAACAAAGAGAAAAUCUAAAACUAAUAAAUUUCAGAAGAUUCCUCAUAGUUUCUUGGAAGAAUUGAAGACAGUUACACCAGGAUUAGAUUUAGAAAUUCGAUAUAUGAUGGAUGUUUUGGCAAAAUUCAUCGACGAAUCGCCAGAAAUGCAAGCAAUGUAUGAAUCACCUCAAAGUUUGUUAUUCCAUCUCCACAAAUAUCAAUAUUUCUCAAACAGCUCUUUAUAUUUCUCAAAAGGAUUGAAUUAUCAAAAUGGAAUCGUGAUUUUCUCCGAAUUUCUGGAAAAUGGAUUAAUCAGAACAUUUAUGUCAAAACAGGAUGCGAUUGCGACAUUAUUCAAAAAAGAAAGAAGAACGAAUAAUUUGGAUAUAUUUGGAGAUGGAAUUAAGAAAUCUGUAUUGAAUAAACUUGGAGAAGAAUUAGAUGGGAAAUUCGAAUUGAUACCGAAAUUAAAGAUGGAGCAAAAUUACACAAGAGAUUUUAAAAUGAUCAAAUGCCCGGAUUAUUCAAUGAUAAAUCAAGUUGAUAAAACAUCGCAUUGCUUUGAAAAUGUUCCACGCGACAAAGUUGUACGAUUUCUGAAAAAUGUUUGUGAUUAUAAUUACUCGCUGGAAUUGUUUUUCCGAAAUGCGGAAUGGUUCAAAGAAAAAUAUCCAGUUUUGCGGAUAUUUGAAGAUCAAGAUAAAUUUAGAAUGAUGUUUGCAAAAGAAGCCGAAGAUAUUUUGACAAUUGUAAUGCAGGAUAAAUAUCGAAAACCAUUUCCAACUGGAUUACUGAAAUUGGAAACUGAGGAAGAACGACAACUUGGGAUUUUGAAGACUGUGGAUGUGUUGAGGUUUGAAAAUAUUAUGAAGAUUCUCAAAUUGGAAUAUAGUGAUUUAUAUGUAUGUUAUUAACUACAUAAUGUGAUUGUCUCAAAACAAUAUUUUCUUCCAGGUUGUCAAUUGCAAAAUCCACGUCAUAGGCAAAGUUCACUCAGUUCCGAUUCCAACUCCAUAUGGAACAUUUUGCAAAAUUGCAUCUUGCGCUUUAUUAGAAUUUUUUGACGAACUUUCUUUUGGAAUGGAUUUAUUCAAAGGUGUAAAACCAGAAAAUAUUCCAAUAAUUUCGAAAUUUUUCGAAGAUUUGAUAACUGACACAGGAGUAUUUUCAACAAAAAGGUCGAAUCGUUAUUUUAUUGAAACUUCGAAAUUGGAUGAAAUUUAUGAAAAAGCUUAUGCUGAGUUGAAGAUUUUGAUAACUGAACCGAUUCCAAGAUUCAAUUUCAAAGAAGUUUUCAAUCGAAAAGGAGCAUUUGAAGAAGUUUGUAGAUUUACUGUAAAUUUGAGCGAAGAAGAUAAAAAAGAGAUUGAUGCAAUAAUGAAAAAACGAAUUUGGAAAGAUAUUGGAGAUUCUUUGAGUGCUAAACAAGUUAUUGAAAUUUAUCAUGAAAGUACUUGGGAUUAUAUGAAUAAAAAAUGCGCGAAAUUGGCAGUUUUUCUGGAAAUUCAGGGAAUUAUAGAUGUUUAUGGGCCAGAAUUGUAUGAGCAAAAGAUUAUUACGGUUGCACGGUAUUCGGAGAUUUUCAGAAAUGCAUUUAUGUAAGGAGUUUUAUAUUUUGAUAGUAGAUUUUAACGAUCUGAUCAUGAACUUCGAUAACUUACAAAAAUAACUCAUAUUCAAAGUUGAGAACAUAAUGUUUUAAUGUCGGGAUCGUUAUCAGCUGGUAAAAAUCUACCAGGAAGUACCUCAUUCAGGCUUUUUCGAACUAAACGAGCCAAAUUCAUUUUGCAGGAAACUCCUUCCUAAUAUUCCACCUGAACCAACUAUGACCGAAAGAGAGAUGAUAGCUUAUGUUCGACGAGAAAUGGGUGAAACUUUCCGUGUAGACGACGAACCAAAAUUGCGCGAAUUUAUGAAAUUUAUCGAAAAAUUCAUUGAAAGAGUUCAUAAAAAUGGUGAUGUUUAUGUGAAAAGAAGACCAAAUCCUGGUGGUUUACCAGUUGAAUUAUUCGCCAGAGAUCCGGUUUUGAGUCAGUUAUUUUUGUCGAGUGCAAAUAUGCCGACUGAUGAAAUGCCGAGAUUGUAUGGAGAAAUGGAAGGAAGAUUGGAAGAGUUAUUAGUGUAAGUUGAUGAUUUUAAUUUGGCGCUUUUCAUAAUAUUUUUGCAGUGAAUCUACUGAUGAAGAUGAACAGAAAAGCAUCCUCGAUUUAAUCGAUAACUUCAAAAAUAUUUUGAAAUAA